AUGGACGACAUCGACGAGCUCGACGUCGACCUGGAGGAGUUCGACAGGGGCGUUGGCGCGUCUGCGGUGGCCGGUCCGCCGCAGCCGGCGCCCCAGGCCUCCAGGGCGGCCGAGGCGUGGCAGCCGGGUGCGCCCACCGUCUGGGCGGGAGCGUCCCGCCAGGCGGUGGCUGCGGUUCACGGCCCGGCUGGCGGCGGCCAGGCGGGGCGGCUUGAGCAGCAGUUCGAAGCUGCGUGGCGUUCUGGGACGCAGACGCCGCGGGGCGGCGCGGGGGCGCCGCAGAGUGCAGCGCGGGAUGCGUGGGCGACAGCCAGCGGCGCUGGCGCCGUGCCAGCGUGGCCGACGCAGCAGGGUCCGGGCGUUCCGGGCACGCAGUGUACAGGAGAUGGAUGGAACGGGUGGAGCCAGGCCGGGAGGGGGCGUGACGGGCCGCGCGAGCCGGCAGCGCAGGCUGCACAGAGACACGCCGUCCGCGCCGCUGAGCGUGCGGCUCCGGACAGGAACCGCGCUUCCUACGCCGCUGGAAAUACAGCAUGGCCGAACGCGCCGGGCGCCACCGCCGCGCGUGCGCCGGGCGAGCGCGCCUCGCUGCCGAUGCAGCUCUCCCAGCGGGUCCCGGGCCCGGCGGGCGUCCUCCAGCAGCUCGAGGACCGCGGCUGCGUCGUCGAGACCCUCGAGCAGCUCGUGUCGAUGGCCGCGGAGGCUCGGGACGGCGGAAACCCGGCCCACGCGCCCGAAAGUGGCCCUGACGCCAGCGCUGGCGCGCCUCACGGCCUCUGCGCGGACCCGGGCUUCCGUGACGGGCCGUGGAAGCAGGCCGCGGGCGCCCUGGAGCUGCCCUCGGACCCGCGGCACUUCGGGGCCGGCGCGGGCGGCGAGGCCGGGGGCCCGCAAGGGUUGCGCACCGUCCACGACGUCAAUGCGGUGACGUUCCGCGGGAAGGCCGCCGCGAUGGUCGUGCUCGUCGCCUCGCUGCGCCUCACGGGCACCGGCGACGCGCGGUGCGUCCUCAAGGACCCGACCGGCACGAUCUCUGCGGCGGUGACCGCCGCGGCCCUCGACGCCGAGCCCGCCAUCGGCCCCGGCGCAGUCCUCGCGCUCCGCAACGUGACGGUCCUCGCCGUGCGCCCGCGCAACCACUACCUGUGCAUCACGCCCUGCAGCAUCGCGCAGGUCUACGCGCCCGCGGCGCGCGACGAGGAGGAGCACGGCGCGACCGACGCGGCCCGCGGGCCGCCGCUGCUGCGCGGCCUCGACGGCGAGGGGGGGAGUGGCAACAUGGCGGAGCGGGGGACUCCCCCCCUGGAGCGGUGGCAGCGCCAGGCGGCGACCGCGAGCGGCCGCGCCGCGCUCGCGUCGGCCGCGGAGCCGCGGCCGGGGUGGCUCGAGGGCGCGCUAGCGCAGUCGUCUCGCGCCAGCGGCGCGCAGGCUCCGGCGCAGGCGGCCUCAGCCGCGUACCAGUCCGUGGUGCCGGGGCGGUGGCAGGCGCCGCCGCCAGCGGUGCCGUUGCAAGCGCGCACGAAUGGCGCGGCGCCGAGGCCGUCCGCGCCGCCGAAGGCCCCGGACGCGCGCGUCGCGACGGUGGCCCGUGUGCCUGGGGCGGCCGUGCUGGGGAACGCGCCGGGGCCGGCGGCGGCGGGAGCGCAGGCGACGGCGCGGGGUGUGGACGCGGACGGGUGGGCGGAAGCGGCGGCGGAGCUGGCUGGCGGGGAUGGGGGGGAGGCUGGGUCAGUCAGGGCUGUGGGGGGGGCGGCAGGGGGUGUUCCGGGUGGGGAGUGGGAGGCUGAUGGGUGGGACGCGUCGCCGUCGCAGUGGGAGGGGUGA